ACUGCGAACGGAUCUGGUUUCUGCUGACAGGAGAAUAGGAAAAGUCUCUGAGAGAGAUGAACGUACAUCGCACGAAGCUACUGGGCGCCUCGGCGGGCGUCUUCCUGUUCGCCAUCAUCUACGGCUGGGUCAUCUUCCCCAAGAUACUCCGGUUCAUGAUAUCGAAGCAAGUGACCCUGAAGCCAGGCACGGACAUCAGGGAGCUAUGGUCCAACACCCCCUUUCCCCUGCACUUUUACAUCUACGUGUUCAACGUCACUAACCCCGAGGAGGUCACCGCAGGGGGCAAGCCGCGGCUCCAGGAAGUGGGUCCCUUUGUCUUCGAUGAGUGGAAGGACAAGUACGACCUGGAAGACGACGUCCUGGAGGACACGGUCAGCUUCACGAUGAGGAACACCUUCAUUUUCAACCGAAAGGAAACCCUGCCACUAACUGGCGAGGAGGAGCUCAUCAUCCCGCACCCCAUAAUGCAGCCCGGCGGCAUCAUGGUCCAGAGGGAAAAGGCUGCCAUGAUGGAGCUGGCGGCGAAGGGCCUCUCCAUUGUCUUUCCCGACGCCAAGGCCUUCAUAAAGGGCCGGUUUAUGGACAUCUUCUUCCGCGGCAUGGACAUCGACUGCUCCUCGGACGAGUUUUCCGCCAAGGCCUUGUGCUCCGUGUUCUACACGGGGGAGGUUAAGCAGGCCAAGCAGGUCAACCAGACCCACUUUCUCUUCUCGUUCCUGGGCCAGGCCAACCACUCGGAUGCCGGGCGCUUCACAGUCUGCCGUGGCGUGAAAAACAACAAGAAACUGGGAAUGGUGGUCAAGUUCGCCGACGAGCCGGAGCUCUCCAUCUGGCCGGAUGGCGGGGAGUGCAACAACUUCGUGGGCACCGACUCCACGGUCUUUCCGCCGGGCCUCAAGAAGGAGGAGGGGUUGUGGGCGUUCACGCCGGACCUCUGCCGCUCCCUGGGGGCCUUCUACCAGCGCAAGUCUUCGUACCACGGCAUGCCAUCCAUGAGGUACAGCCUCGACCUGGGCGAUGCCCGUGCGGACGAGAGCUUGCACUGCUUCUGCGACGACCCCGAGGACCUGGACACCUGCCCGCCCAAGGGCACCAUGAACCUGGCUCCGUGCGUCAACGGUCCUCUCAUCGCCUCCAUGCCGCACUUCUACAAUGCCGACCCCAAGCUCGUGGCUGACGUGGAGGGACUCAACCCGAACGAGAAGGAUCACGCCGUCUACAUCGACUUCGAGCUGAUGUCGGGCACGCCCUUCCAGGCGGCCAAGCGCUUGCAGUUCAACCUGGACAUGGAGCCGGUAGAGGGCAUCGAGGCCAUGAGGAACCUGCCGAAGCUCAUACUGCCCCUGUUCUGGGUGGAGGAAGGGGUGCACCUGAACAAGACCUUCACCAACAUGGUCAAAUACACUUUAUUCCUGGGCCUGAAGAUCAACUCCGGCCUGCGCUGGCUCCUGAUCAUGCUGUCCUUUGUGGGCCUGACGUCCGCCGGCUUUCUCUUCUACCAGAACUCCGACAGCCUGGACAUCACGCUGCCCCCCAAGAUCAUCAAGGAGACCAACAACAAGGUGGCCGACGCUAGCAAGCCCAACGAACCGCCUAACUUUGCGGCGAACAUCUCUAUUCCGGGCACCAACCCGCCCAACGCCAAGAGUGAAAAGCGAGAUCGCUACUAGAGAACUACUGGCAUCCAGAUCCCCCCACCGUAGUCUUAGUUCGAUGCACCUGUAAAGAGUCCAGCUCAGCGCUAAUAAAAUGAGACGGAAUUA